AUGAAAUUUUUCCCAGAUUUUGACGACAGUUUGCUGCUGUCAGCUGUAUAUGAGCAGUGGCUCUACAGUGAUCUGAAAAUUUCUUCACAGCCCAUAUUCGGUCUUCCAGUUGAUAAGUGCUCAAAGCGAACAGUGAUGAAGGGCGAUGUUGCUGCGCAGGUGAAUACUGUCAUUGACAUUGGUACGUCGUUAUAUUCGCAGUAUCGAGAACUCACCCAUAAGUUCGAAGACACCUCAGGAUUUCAGUCGAAUUCGGAAAAAAGUGAAACAGAUUCCGAUUCGUUUAUGGUAUAUUUGACACUUCUUUCCUUAUCUUUUCGUAGAGGAAAUUGGAAAAAUUUGGAAUCUUAA